UUUAAAUAAAAGUUACUGCUAAUAUCUCGCGAUAAUUUAUUUUUAUUUUUAUUUUUUUCUUUUAUUUUUUAUUCUUUUAUUAGUAAAUCUCGAAAAUAAAAAUGACGAUUUAUUAUACAACGACCUUCUUUAUUCUCAUUAUUGAGAUGUUAUUAUUCUGUAUUCUUGUUAUUCCACUUCCUUCUCGUUGGCGUCGAGUCAUGUUUAAAUUUGCUUCUACUUCACCUAUUGCUCAAAGGGCUAUGAAUGGUUUAAAGAUUAUUUUCGGCUUCAUCUUUGUUUUAUUUAUCGAUGCUGUCAAUCGUUUACAACGUAUUGAUCAACAUGAACCUGAAGAUACCUCUCGUCAAUAUCAUGAUUAUGGUUAUGAAGCAAGUCAAAAGGCUCGUAAAUUUUAUGCUCAAAGAAAUCUUUAUUUAACAGGCUUUACCCUCUUUUUAUCAUUGAUUCUUGAACGUACAAGUGCUUUAAUUUUUCAAAUGUUAAGACAUGAAGAAGAAUUGGAAAAUACAAAAAAGGAACAGCUUUUAUCUAAAGAAGAUGAACGACGUUUAUUGGACAUGGAAAAAUCAUAUGAAAUUAAAAUUAAAGAGCUUACAGAGGAAUUAAUGGAAUUACAAAAAGAUGAAAGAGACUUUGAAAACCUUAAAAAACAAAUUGAGCAGCAAACAGCUGAAUAUAAUAGGCUCUCGGAUGAACGUAUCAAAUUAUCUUCUAUCAAAGAAUAAUCUAACCUUUUCUUUCAAUUUAAUAAAUAAAAUAUACAAAG